GGAAGAACCCGGAUGUGCCUGAGUAGUCCGUGUUGGCACUCGGGACUCUCAAGUUUGGGCAUUCUAGGGGUGCUGGCAGCCCGGACGGAUGGCGCAGGGCUGGGCUGGCUUCUCUGAGGAGGAACUGAGGCGACUAAAGCAGAGUAAAGAUCCAUUUGAACCACAGCGGCGUCCCCCUAUGAAGAAAAGUCGACAACAACUUCAGCGAGAAAAAGUCCUUCAAGAGCAAAGCCAAAAACUUGGACUGCAAGAUGGAUCAGUCAGAUUACCUCCAGAGCAGCUGCUCUCUGCACCACAACAGAGAUUCAGUCAUCAAAAGCCACAUUUUUCUCCCCCUACUGCUCCUAAUCCUCUUACACUCAACUCUCCUGUUGGCAAUGGAAAACCACAGGGCACUGAAAGUCAACCAAGGGAACUGGGACUUGAGAAUUCCCGGGAUGGUCACAUAAGUGCUGAGGUUGUACCUCUAAAACCAGAUUGCAAAUUGGAGAAAAAGAAAGUGGAAUUGCAAGAAAAGUCUCGUUGGGAAGUCCUCCAACAAGAACAGCGGCUAAUGGAAGAGAAAAAUAAACGUAAGAAAGCUCUUUUGGCUAAAGCUAUUGCGGAAAGAUCUAAAAGAACUCAGGCAGAGACCGUGAAACUGAAGCGGAUCCAGAAGGAGUUACAGGCUUUAGAUGACAUGGUGUCAGCUGACAUCGGAAUCCUCAGGAACCGGAUUGACCAGGCCAGCCUGGACUAUUCAAAUGCUCGGAAGCGGUUUGACAAGGCAGAAGCAGAGUAUGUUACAGCCAAGCUCGAUCUACAGCGCAAGACUGAUACUAAAGAGCAGCUCACUGAGCACCUUUGUACAAUCAUACAGCAAAAUGAGCUCCGCAAGGCCAAGAAGUUGGAGGAGUUGAUGCAGCAACUGGAUGUCCAAGCUGAUGAGGAGACUUUGGAGCUUGAGGUGGAGGUGGAGAGACUACUGCACGAACAAGAGGCAGAAGCAGGGAAACAGAAGGUUCAUGGAGAGAGGCCAUUUCAGCCUUCCGGGGAGAGUGUGUCAUUAGGGUCUACUCAGAACAAAGAGCAUCAAGCACCAACUGCUUGCCCAGAGGUAGAUGAACAAUGUGAAAAUCCCAAGAGCACUCCCCUUCUCACGCCAGACCACCCAAGUCAGGAAGUGAAGACUGGUGCUCAUGACAAUGGUUCAGCUGCUCUGACCACAUGAAGGGCCAGUGUUUGUUGUUUUCAGCUAAUAUGGGCUUCAGUAGACUUUCUGUUGUAGAGUGUGCCAUGACCGCUGCUAAAUGCCUCUUUAAAACAAUAUUAGUUUUUUAAUCUAGGAUUAGUGUUAGAAAUAAUAUGUUGGACCAUUCUAAAGCCUCAAUAAUUAUAAUUUUAUCCAUAGUUCACCUUGAUUUUGGUCCAGUUUCCUUAGUGUCCCCUUAUCUUGGGUGAAAACAAGUAACUUAAAGAAUAGAAGAAAAAUGACAUGGUUAUGAGUGUUUUUAGACCAGGUCAAUAUAGAACAAGUAAAAUGAAAAAUAAUAAUACCUCAUCAAACUCAUUUAACUUCUGAGAGAAGUGCUGGGACUGAGAAUCCUGUUUUAUGUCAUCAGUAAAGAGACACAAAACUUAAACAUGAAAAAGAAAACAAACAACUAACAAAAGUAGUAUUUGGGUCUUACUAGAUUAUUAUCUGUUUGGGUCUUACUAAAAUUGCAAAACACAGUUUUGAAAUUACCAGCUUAAGCCAACAUUACUUUUGUAUUCACAUUGCCUUUUAAGUGGCUCUAGUUUACAACCCGAAUUUUGGUUGACAUAUACACAAAUAUAUAUAUACACACACACACACACACACACACACACACACAUAUAUAUAUAUACACACACACACACAUAUCUCAACAUGCUAUAUAUAUAAUUUUACUAUUAAUAAAUUGUCUUUAAUGAGCACAUUGAUUAAAUUUAGACAAUGAAAACGUGUCUAUAGUGAGAUUGAAAAUAAUAUAGAAAAUCUUGCUACUUUUGAUUAUGAAAAAAAAUACAUUUUCUUUCUGACAUUACAGUAAGAGUGUAUUUUAUAUGUCGGAUAUAAAUUAUCCUGUCAUAAAGCAUUUAAAUUGGUAAAAUGGUGAUUUUCUUAUUACUCUAAUAGUUUAUUAAUUGCCAUCACUAAUACUUGACCACUACAUUGUGCUAUAUGUGAAUUUGUAAAUAAAUAUUAUAGUUUUGUUACAAAAUCUGUGAAUAUCACGUUAAAUUCUGAUUUAUCAGAAAUUCCAAACAGUGAAGUCAAGCAUUUUAAGCCUUAAAAAAGAAAUAAAAGUGGAUAAGGACAAAUGUAAUAUAGUAUACAUAAUAAUUUCUGAAAAAUAAUUUUUUAAUGAGUUUGUUUGAGAAUAUUAUUUUCUAAUAGUGAGGAUGAGCACUGUAUUUUUAUAUUAUGUAAUUUGACAUGAAAUUAUAGCUCUCCAUUACUGGCUUCUCUAAACAGAGACAUUUUUAUAGACCAUUUGUUUUUAUUUAUGAAUGACAUGCAUAAAAACUGAAAACUUCAUUGUCCAAUAUAGUCCUAUUUUUCUAAGGGAUAAACAAAUCUGAUGCACUUAUAA